AAUAGCGUGAAUUUUAUCCUAGUGCCUCACAUUUACUGAUGACGUAGUUCACAAUCAGUUGAAGAGACGACAUGUGUCUGAUGAUCAUGAACUGAAACUUACUUUGUGAUCUUAUGCAAAGUUGAAAUUUGAGCAUGCCUCGUCUCCCUCCUCGUGUCAAUGACAUGGCUAUACGUCUGAUGCUGUCAGGCUGCACCAACCGGCCCUUCUACCAUAUCGUCGCCAUGUCGCGGAAGAAGGCUCGUGAUGCCAAGGCCACAGAACAACUUGGCAGCUAUGACCCAAUGCCAAACGCAGACAAUGAGAAGCUAGUGUCUCUUAACUUUGAGAGACUGAGAUAUUGGUUAGCCUGUGGAGCGAAUGCCACUAAGCCAGUCCAACAGUUACUCGGUCUUGCUGGCUUCUUCCCUGUUCACCCACUGAGCUACAUCAAGGCCAGGAGGAACCACCGAGCAGUCACAGAGAAACACAAGGAAGAGCCAGAGGAGUCAGGACCUUCACCUACGUAGUGCUGCCCAUCUUCAGCAGCCUGAUGCCUUUUGUGAUCUUGUUACUCCUUGUGGAUGACUUGUACAUUAGUUGUGUGGAUGACUGAUACAUACAUUAGCUGUGUGGAUGAAUGGUACAUUAACUGUGUGGUAGUUUGAAACAUUACACAAAGAUGUGAAACAGUACUUUCAGACUGCUGCCCUCUGCCUACAUACAUCUAUAGGAGUGUGUAUCUCGGGCCUCAAUCCAGUAUGACGUCGCACGGCUGCAGUUACCUUGGCUGUCAGAGACAUAUGCUGCUAGAUAUCUUCUGUCAAUACUGGGAACUAUUGUUAUGUUAAGCAAGUCCAAUGCUACCAGAACAAAUUGUCACUUGGCUACAAAUAAUAAACUUAACACCCCAUGUACCUACUAUGAUUUUCAGGCAUAUCAGAUGGGCAUAAUUGGUUUUACUUGAAAGUCUUCCUUGACAAAUGAAAACAGGAAUAUGUUUGUCUACACAAGACUAUGAUUCAUUUCCCUAAAGAAAUCUUAGUCCUACAAGUCUAGAAGUACAAGAGGUACUUUGUUAACAAAACCUAUCACCAAAACAUAGUGUGUUACUAUGUGUGUUAGUAUGUAUAUUCACACUGGGGUAUGUUAUGUCCAUUAUUUCAGCAGCUUGCUUUCCUUUGCAACAACCCUGUAUGUGCCUCUGCCAAGGUUGGAUGAUUUGAUUUAGAUGAGAGGGGAGGAAGCCUUGGUUCAAGGUUUAACAUGAUUGUGUAGAGUGCAGCAUGUUCAUAGCCCACAUGGUGUAGGCAGGUUAGCACCCCACCUCUGUCAGAGAUUUUGAUUCAACACUCUCAUGUAACGCCUGUGGCGUUAACAUUCAUAUCUCCCUUGAGCCGGUCGCUGAUGUUUGCAUGUUACUCACUAUUCUUGACUUGUGGAUUAUCAAUCCCACAAGGAGUCCGACAAUGUGUCCAUGCGCAGUCAAACCCCAUUGUCUCCAGCUCCUAGGGCCAAAAGGAAUAGUUCAGCUUAUUCAGGGUUCAACUUCUCUGGGGUUCAACACAUCUGACUCGACCCUAUUCCCGCCUGACCUGGCCAGCAGACAACAGAAAACAAACAUCAUGCGUGUCAUGUUAAUACCAUUUAUAUAAGUAAUAAAAAGAAUCAUUUGUGAUUUCUACAUUUA